AACUAAAAAAAAAAAAAAUCAUACGUGCACCCGAGGCCCGACAACAUUUUCGUGGUUUAAUCACUACCUAUCACGGCAUUCAGUCCAAAUUUAAGGAGAGUUGAACUUGCGAUCUCCGCAAGCCCUUAAUAUUUCUUCUACACAUUUGCGAUUUUGUGACCAUUUUCUCUCUCCUCUCAAACCACUCAACUUCUUCAGCAUCGUCUGUCCUCUUCCCGUUGUAUUCUUUUCAAUUUAAUUGAUUUAAUUUUAUUGUGCUUCGCAAAAUGCAUCCUCCUUUGACAUUACACCGGCACCCAAUGUGUGUUGAAAUCAUUGAGGCAUUCCAGAAAUGUCAUACAGAACACCCCGUAGGCAAAUUUUUUGGCGAGUGCACCGAUCUUAAAGUUAAACUUGAUCGCUGUUUCAGGCAGGAGAAAGCUGUAAAGCGAAAGGCAAACUUUGAACAGAGCAAGAAACUGAAAGAAACAUUACAAGCGCAGAGGAAAGAAACAGCGGGACAAAGUUAACAAAUGAUUUGGGCGUUGCAAUUGUAUGUUUUGCAGUAAUAAAGGGUACAGAGGUUGUGUUAGCAGUUAAUUGUGCUCAUAGCAGUUAAAGAAAGAGGAGCUGUUACUCUGUGUUACUCUUUGUAUUGCUGAAUUUGUAUUCAUGUACCAAAAAUCUACGAGGAUUAGGUGCUAUGAUAUUAAUUUUUUGACUUGCGGAGAUUGUAUAGUUGAAUCAAUGAUACAAUAAUUUAAUGUUGGAGCUUUAGAAAAUUCAAGUAGUACAGAUCUUGAUUGUGUGCCAGUGUGCCACAGAUGUGUUAUCUUUAAAUUUGUUUAGCUCUAAGCAGAAACUGUGAUUCAAGGAAAUAUAUAUAUGUUCUGUUGAGUAUUGAGAACU